AUGUCGGUCUGGGAAAGUGAUGACCUUGGUCUGGUGGCAUUGAGGACCACAUGGUCGCUGUUCGGGGUCACAGCAGUGGUGUUUGCUCUGCGGGUCUACUGUCGCCUCCGGUAUACACCUAGACUCGGCGGAGGUCUUUACGUCGACGACUUCAUCACAGGCGGCUGCCUCUUGAUGCUACUGGUCUUCUGCAUGUUGCUCUCAGUUGCGGUUCAGUAUGGCGUUGGGAAGCACUAUGUGACCUUACCCGACCGCACCAAAGUCCAGGCCGGAAUGUGGAAUGCGAUCCUCAGCGGCUUGACACCUUGGAUGUGUACCUUGCCCAAGUUCGCCAUCAUCACGACGCUCAAGCGGAUACUAAACUACGGGACAAAGACAGCAAUCCUGCUAUGGGGUCUCGCCUUGACGUCACAGGCGAGUGUCGUCGCGCUGACGGCCUGGGGCUUCGCUCAGUGCACACCGACGCCCUUCCAGUGGGACAGGAGCAUUGCGGGCGGAGUGUGCUCAGACCCAGAAAUCUAUGUCAAUUUGUCCUUUUUCGUGUACUCGUACUCAACGGCACUUGAUGUGUUCUUCGCGCUAUAUCCUGUUCCGUUUGUGAUGCGGCUCAGCAUGCCGUUGAAAACUCGGAUUGGUGUCGCGGCCUCAUUGAGUCUGAGCUUGGUGGGCUUCGCAAUUUCGAUUUACAAAUUCUCCAUAUUCAACAAAAUCGGCUCACUCCUGGUCACGGACCCUUCAUUCCCUCUGGUUUACCUCUGCAUGACGCACGCUGCAGAGGGCUCAUUCCUCAUGAUAUCAACCUCUCUCGCCACCCUCCGCCCAUUGUUCAGGUCGAUGAAGCGCCACGUCUCGACCGUUGCUGGGAACAGUAAUGAACCCUCGAAGCGGCGAACUGUUGGGCAUUCCCGGGCAUUCCACUCCGCUAGUCACUCCGAUUGCAUCAUUACGUCACGAAGCAAUGCUGAAUGGGUUCCUCUCGAUAACCAUGCUGGAAAUGACAUAGAGGCGAAAAGGGACAUCGUGGUUCAAAAAACCAUCGAGAUCUCUGUAUCGAAUCAGAGCAUGUCAGGCGAGACAUCUCAGAGCAAUUCCCCUGUUGAUCGUGACCCUCGGUAUUCGAUAUAA